GUCGGGAAUCCAGCAGCAAUGGUGGUCAGUGCACUAACACAGUAAUGGCAGUCCCGCAGGCGAUGGACAAAGGGAAGGUUGGGGAGUGCACUGAACUCCUUCGCAAGGUUUUCCACUACCAGGGAGGACGAAAGAGAGUGGCUAGAGAUGGCCGAAACCCCUCUGGCUGGUUUAGGUAUCCAGUAAAUCCUGAUGAUGUGCCGGGGUAUUGUGAAGAAAUUGAUCAGCCAAUGGAUUUUACAACUAUCCAGGAGAAACUAAAUGGCAACCAGUACAAUAAUCUCGAUGAAUUCAAUGCUGACAUGCUACUUGUUCGAGACAACUGCACUAAAUUCAACAGGGAUGAAGGCAGCCAGAUCCGUAUGGACAGCAACAUUGUGUUCGACUCUUAUUGCAAAGAAUUUGAAAAACUGAAGAACAAGAAGAAGAAAACGCAAGAGGGAAAACAUAGCAGUUGGAAUGUAGGGCAGCACAUGUGUGCCCAGAAAGAGGCCAGGCUUGACAUGGCUCACUCCAGUGCAAUGAAAGUGGUCCAAAAGCAAGUUGUGCAGCUGGAGAAUACUAUUUUAUAGAAAGAAGAUCGUGUGAGAGAACUGAAUGCAGAUAUUGAAUGGAGAGAAAGAUUACAGUGCGAUGUAAGAACUGCAACAACUGAAACUACAACACAAGUAGCGCUUGAUCCAGCCAAUCAACUGAUGCAAGUAGACCAGAAAGGAAACAGGAGGGGCCCUGAAGUGAAAGUGAAAGUUCCAACUCGAGUUAUUCCAAAUGACACUGACACUACCCUAUUGGAUCCGAAGACAGCUAGCAGUCGCGUUAAAAAAACUGUUACGGCUUUACAAUCGGUGCAUGGUGGUGAUGUGGAAAAUGUUAAAGAUGAUCAUGGUGAAUUCAACAGGUAUGCGUCUAUAAUCUAUCUAGCAUGCACUUUUAUAAUAUUGCUUCAUUGGCCAGUGGUAGCAUGAGCACUGGACAAUGAUGCCACGGAGGAUGGUACUGAGCUACAAGCUUUCCCAAAAACGUUUGCAAGGUUCUUGUUAUUUAAGUCAAUAGCAAUGCAUUUGUGGGCCUGGCAGUGCAAUAGUUCGACAUGAAGGGGGGAGUAGGGAAUGCGGUUGUGGCGGAAAUCUCACCUUAUGUUUCGCCUUUACCUUAGCGACUGGAAAAUAACCUUCAAGGGGGGAGGGGGAUGUAAGAGUUUUUGAGACACCCUGCAUUACAGUACUUAAUAAUUUCCGUCUUCAGUGGCAUGAGUGUUGGACUUCAAUCUAACCUUGUAUAUGUUGCAUGCUUUCUUGUCCAAUUCUGCUGAUGAGUAGAAAAGUUUUCCUCGCUUUGUUAAAUGAAAUAAGA